UGUUGUUGGGUUGGACACACUGGAUUGGACGACACGUACGCUUAUUCUAGGUCAUGGAGCUGUUUAUAUUUGUGUAACAAAAGUAUACAACAAAAUCAAGAUCUAGAUAUAUAGACUCUAAAUCUAGUCUGUCAUCACUGCCAAUGCUUAUAUUUUGAUCUUCAUAACAUGGCGUCACUGUUGCAUGCUUUUGUGUGUCUUUUGUUUGUGCUUGUUUAUGGUGACGAACGAGUGGAUGAUACAUUUUAUGUUAAACCAGGUGCUGGGACUUUAAGUGUUCAAUACGAACUGAAAAAUUAUUUGUGCAAGUUUACUUACACAGCUCAAGGAGGGACACAUGAGGCAUGGACAAUUAGUUUAGAGAUUAUGGAUGGUGGAAAUUCUGUUAUGUGCACAGUGGAAAGAAGCAUCCCUUCCUAUUUAUUUUUUCAAGACUUUAAAUUGGAGCUUACAGGCCCACUAGUUGCUAUCACAGAGGUUGAUGUCAAGGAUUCUCAGAGAGAUGGGAAGAGCUUACAGAAAGACGAGUACAAGCUAGAGAAAAAUUCAAUUUCAAGUAUAGCAGGGAAAUUCAAGAACCAUUUAGAAAAAGUAGCUGUUUAUUCCCCCUUGUCUCACAGUGACCUGUGAUAGUUCUGUUGCCUGUGUGUUUUGUGUUGUCUGCUUGUUUCUAGAAUGUAGAAUUGUGAGCAGUUUUUAUGAUGAUGUUUGGGUUUUUCAUUACAUAAUAUGUUUAUGAGGUAAAUACGUAUUUCUUUUUAAGUUUCUUUACCUAUGUUUAUUUUCUGGUUAUCUUGUAUGCAUUGUUAUAAAAUAAAAACACUAUAUUUAUUAA